GAACGGACAGAAAUGGGUUCUAGAUCGCGGACGGAAUAAAAUGAGCUCGUAUAUAAUGCUGGUUCUGCUGCUGCUCGACAUUUACUCCUCAUGUGUGGACGGGUAUCUGAGCUCUCCUCAUGUGGGUCAGGAUCCUCCAUAUUUAGCCCAGCAGAAGUCAGUGAUGAGCAGCCCGGUGGCCAUGACCGCAUCCUCAGCUUCUCCAGUGGUCACUGAUAACUACGUGUCCAAGUGUCCGAGUGGAGGCCUGUGCUCUAAACUACCCGCCGACUGCAUCAUCUGUGCACUUCACCACAACUGCAGCUACGGCCGGCCGCACAACUACACCUGCAGACCAAGAGCCGGAGUUCACUGCGUGAGCGAUCAGGGCGAGCGGCAGCAGAACUUCACUCUCUCUCUCCUGUGCCGCUUCUGUUUUCAGCUGGACGCGUCUCAGUAUCGCUGCUCCAACUCCAGCGACUGCAUGACAGUGUCGUGUCCGCGCAGACGCUACAACGCUAGCUGUGAAGUGCUGGAGCACGUGCACUGCCUCGGUAAGAGAGUGUUUCAGAAGCGUCUCUUCUGCAACUGGACUGGAGGAUAUAAGUGGUCAACAGCUCUGGCUCUCAGCAUCACUCUGGGUGGUUUUGGCGCGGACCGCUUCUACCUGGGUCAGUGGAGGGAGGGUCUGGGUAAACUCUUCAGUUUCGGGGGUCUGGGCAUCUGGACGCUGAUCGACGUGCUGCUGAUCGGCGUGGGGUAUGUGGGUCCAGCCGACGGCUCGCUCCACAUCUGAUGUUGGCGUUACCGUGACGACUACAUCCCAGAUCUGAAUGCUGAUGUUAUCGUGACGACUGCAUUCCAGAUUUCGUAGUGCUGACAUUACCGUGGACGACUGCAUCUCUGAUUUCUCAGUGCUGGCGUUACUGUGACGACCGCAUCCCAAAAUUCUAAGUGCUGACUUUACCGUGACAACUGCAUCUCAGAUUUCUUAGUGCUGGCAUAACGUGACGACCACAUCCCAGAAUUCUGACCGCUGGCGUUCCCGUGACGACCGCAUUCCAAAAUUCUGAGCGCUGGCGUUACCGUGAUGACCGCAACCCAGAUUUGUGAGCGCUGGCGUUACCGUGACGACCGCAUCCCAGAUUCCCACACUCCCACUCGGGCAGAGCUCCAUCUGCUGUGAAUGAGGAUGCUGGAGGCACGUGCGCAGGCUGAUCUCACUGAUUAAUGAUCCCUGUAUAUAUCUGUGUGUAUAUAUAUGAAUAUGUGUGUGUGUAAAUAUGAUAAUGAUUCGCUCUGCUGAUGUUUUAAUUCACUGUUGAGUUCUGAAUAAACCGCUGUCAUGUUGAAGACGA